GCCACUGCGCAUGCGUAGCCGAUCCCCGAUGUUUCGAUUUCAGGAGGGAAGGUCGAUAGAAGAAAAACUCAACUCCAAAAAAAAUACGUGUCAGGGGCAACACACUGGGCAGCAACAGAUACUCCAGGAGUCUUUGUGGGAGAAGAUAGAGAUAAGAGGAGAAGAGACUGAAGAGAUAAGGGGGAUAAAAAGAGAAGAGAGAGAGAGUCAUUGGCCAUGUUAAAAUGAGGAGAGAGGAGAAACGGGGUGAGGCAUGAGUGGGGAGGAGAACACGACAGAAUGUGAAGUCACCAACCAGAAGAGCAGCAGCAGCAGUCCAGUGAACACAAACAUUAAAUGAGUUCCUGGUGGAAAUGUUUCAAACACUCCUGACAGAGUCGGAGGAAAGAAGAAGAGGAAGAAGAAGAAGAAAAUUUUGCUUUGGACGCAGUCAGUCGGCUUUUAACAGCCAAAGAAGAACAACAGGAAGGAGUGGACACAUUCUGCCUAUUUUUGGUUGUGUGGUUGUCGCUGAAAAAAUGUGGAUUCCCUGAAGGAUUUCCUAAAUGACCAGAGGAGGACAUGAACCUGCAUCUAGUGCCGGGGCUUAAGGAAUAGUCUCAUCUCAGGAAAAGCAAGUGGAUAAACCUCUAACCUGACUCAAAGGCCUCUUCUGUCCAGCCAGGAUGCCCGAACGAGUGAGAGACUUCCAGGGUCAGAGCUUCCACAGGCUGCGGCGGGACUGCAUGCGUCGAGGUGCGCUCUUCAAGGAUCCCCUGUUCCCCACCACCGCCCAGUCCCUGUUUUACAAAAGGCAGCCCCCGCUGGGACUGACCUGGAAGAGGCCGAGGGAAAUAUGCAAGGACCCUCGUCUGUUUGUCGAUGGCAUCAGCACUCGUGACUUGCACCAAGGCAGUCUGGGUAACUGCUGGAUGAUGGCUGCCAUUUCCUGCCUGGCGUCUGAGCCAUCUCUGUGGAAGAGGGUCAUCCCUGACCACGUGGAACAGGAGUGGAACCCGAAACGCCUUGACUUAUAUGCGGGAAUCUUUCAUUUCCGGUUCUGGCGCCUUGGCUGUUGGAUGGACGUUGUUGUGGACGACCGUCUGCCGGUCAGCAGGGAUGGCGUGCUGCUUUUCUGCCGCUCGGCUACACCCCGAGAGUUUUGGAGCGCCCUGUUGGAGAAGGCUUAUGCCAAGCUCAACGGCUGCUAUGAGGCACUGGAGGGAGGAAACACUGCAGAGGCCCUGAUUGACUUCACUGGGGGUGUUUCAGAGCCCCUCAGUCUGGAUCGCGAGGCCCUCACCUUGCACAGCGACCACAGGAGGACGCUCUUCCAGACGCUAGCCAAGGCGCACGAAUGCAAAGCCCUCAUCACCUGCUCCAUACGGCCAGCAGAGGGGGAGGCGGUGGAGUCGGUGUUGGACUGCGGCCUGGUGCAAGGACACGCUUACGGGAUCACAGCGGUGAGGAAGGUGAGGCUGGGGGAGAAGAGCCUGAAGACGGGCGGGGUGUCCAAACUCUUCAUGGUGCGCAUGAGGAACCCAUGGGGGACCACAGACUGGACGGGCGCCUGGAGUCAAAGGUCGCAGCAGUGGCAACAGAUGAGUCGUGCAGAGAGGGAGAAGAUGGGCCUCAUUGUUCGGGACGUUGGGGAGUUCUGGAUGGAUUUCGAGGAUUUCUGUCACUACUUCACGGACGUGGUGGUGUGCCGGCUGGUGGAGAGAGCUCUGCUGUGGCCCAGCUGUCACUGGAGAGAAGUGUGCUGCUACGGGGAGUGGGCUCCGGCCCCCACCACCCCUGGAUACCCUCCAUCCACCGUCCUCCACGGCGACUUUGCUCUGACCCUAGGUAAGACAAACGUCAAACCUGGAGGGACCGAGCAGCGGGGGAACCGAAAGGAGGCCCGGCUCGGGGAGAGUCAGCAGGAGGGACGGAAAAGAGGACGGUGUGAGCGAGAUAAGGCUGUUAAAAAAGUGAUGAAGGAAGAUGAUGGUGGAGAGAGGAAUGGAGGAUGGGAGCCACAGGUGGAUAAGAGGAGUCGAUGUGGAGGAUGCAUCAACCAUCGAGAGACUUUCCUGCACAAUCCACAGUUUAUGUUUGAGGUUGGAGGCAAAGAGGAGGAGGUGCUGAUCUGUCUGCAGCAGGAGGACAGGAGGAUACAAAGGAAAGAUGGAGGAGGAGAAAACCUGCCUAUCGGCUUUGAGGUGCUGAAGGCGGAGGUGAACCGCUGCAGCCGUGUGCAGUGCGUGGUGGAGCAGGCGGCCAGCUCCGUCUACAUGGACUCCCGCAGCGUAACACUGAGGGCAACUCUGGCUCCAGGCCGCUACGUCGUGCUGCCCACCACCUUCCUGCCGGGUGCAACCGGACGCUUCUUGCUACGACUCUUCUCCCAUUCCCAUGUCAGACUCAGGGAACUGAGGGAGGAUUUGCCGUCUCCCUCUGUGUUCCAGUGUUUUCUACCUCAGCCUACAGUGGUGACCACCGUUCAUCUCUGCAGAGCGUCAGGACUCAGCCCUCCCAAACAGACAGCUCCAGAUGUUUAUGCCACAGUGCGAUGCGAGAACGACACCAUCAGGACACGGGUGUUCAAGGCGGAGGGAAACCCUGAAUUCAACCUCAGAACCAUCUUCUACAGGAGAUACCCCAACACACACAUCUCUGUCGAGCUGUGGAGCAGGGGCCUGCUGUGGGACUCGGUGCUUGGCGUGGCUCAACUCCAGACGGCCAAGGCUGAGAAGAGUCGGAGUCAUGUGAUUGAUCUACGAGGUGGCCAAUCCGGCUCGGGAUACCGAGGUCGCAUCUAUAUUGAGACGUCCUCCAGCGUCUGCCUCACAGACUUGUGACAGCAUCGUCUGGUUGCCCUGGUAACUACAUCCAGCCAUGGCAACCACUGUCCUCCCUGGUGGAGGCUUGUGUUGGACAGUUCCUAAAAAUAUAUUUAACAAAAGGUGCAAAUAACAUAUUAAGUUUCUAUUAUUUAACAGAUGAGUGGUUAUGUGUAUCUGCCGGUCAGAUGUGCAGGUGGGCAUCCUUCAUGACUUCAGCAGUUUAACCAAAAAAGUGAAACUGCUGCCAAAACAAGUUUUGUUUUGUGUUAUUAUAAUAUUUAUUAAUUAUACUCAUGUUGUCAUCAUUGUUGAUUAACAUGUUUGAAUGCAAUGUACAGGUGCUGGUCAAUAAAUUAGAAUAUCAUCAAAAAGUUGAUUUAUUUAAGUAAUUCCAUUCAAAAAGUGAAACUUGUGUACUGUAUACAUUCAUUCCACACAGACUGAUAUAUUUCAAGUGUUUAUUUCUUUUAAUUUUGAUGAUUAUAACUGACAACUAAUGAAAACCCCAAAUUCAGUAUCUCAGAAAAUUAGAAUAUUGUGAAAAGGUUGAAUAUUGAAGACACCUGGUGCCACACUCUAAUCAGCUGAUUAACUCAAAACACCUGCAAAGGCCUUUAAAUGGUCUCUCAGUCUAGUUCUGUAGGCUACACAAUCAUGUCGACGACUGCUGACUUGACAGUUGUCCAAAAGAUGACCAUUGACACCUUGCACAAGGAGGGCAAGACACAAAAAGGUCAUUGCUAAAGAGGCUGGCUGUUCACAGAGCUCUGUGUCCAAGCACAUUAAUAGAGAGGCGAAGGGAAGGAAAAGAUGUGGUAGAAAAAAGUGUACAAGCAAUAGGGAUAAAUGCACCCUGGAGAGGAUUGUGAAACAAAACCCAUUCAAAAAUGUGGGGGAGAUUCACAAAGAGUGGACUGCAGCUGGAGUCAGUGCUUCAAGAACCACCACACACAGACGUAUGCAAGACAUGGGUUUCAGCUGUCGCAUUCCUUGUGUCAAGCCACUCUUGAACAAGAGACAGCGUCAGAAGCAUGGUUUGGGGAGCCAUGUCAUCUGCUGGUGUUGGUCCACUGUGUUUUCUGAGGUCCAAGGUCAACGCAGCCGUCCACCAGGAAGUUUUAGAGCACUUCAUGCUUCCUGCUGCUGACCAGCUUUAUGGAGAUGCAGAUUUCAUUUUCCAACAGGACUUGGCACCUGCACACAGUGCCAAAGCUACCAGUACCUGGUUUAAGGACCAUGGUAUCCCUGUUCUUAAUUGGCCAGCAAGCUCACCUGACCUGAACCCCAUAGAAAAUCUAUGGGGUAUUGUGAAGAGGAAGAUGCGAUACGCCAGACCCAACAAUGCAGAGGAGCUGAAGGCCGCUAUCAGAGCAACCUGGGCUCUCAUAACACCUGAGCAGUGCCACAGACUGAUCGACUCCAUGCCACGCCGCAUUGCUGCAGUAAUUCAGGCAAAAGGAGCCCAGACUAAGUAUUGAGUGCUGUACAUGCUCAUACUUUUCAUGUUCAUACUUUUCAGUUGGCCAACAUUUCUAAAAAUCCUUUUUUUUGUAUUGGUCUUAAGUAAUAUUCUAAUUUUUCUGAGAUACUGAAUUUGGGAUUUUCAUUAGUUGUCAGUUAAAAUCAUCAAAAUGAAAAGAAAUAAACAUUUGAAAUAUAUCAGUCUUUGUGUAAAUGAAUGAAUAUAAUAUACAAGUUUCACUUUUUGAAUGGAAUUACUGAAAUAAAUCAACUUUUUGAUGAUAUUCUAAUUUAUUGACCAGCACCUGUAUUUUGAUUAAAUAAUUAACAUUGUGCAAGUCAGUUUUCAUGUCAUUAAAUGUCUCCAUUUUAUGAACUUCAAUUUGUUUAUUUGAGUUUAAAUCAAUGAAAUAAUAAUAAUAAAACUAGCCUACAUUUUUAAAAACUUAUUUAAGAAAACACUUUCAGUUUAUCCUUCAGCCUAGAGAGUGUUGUUGCAAUAAGGUUUGCAUUCUUGCAUGUUUGUUUAUUCACUUCUGCUGACGUCAAACGGCCUCAUAUCUUACAGUGACUAGGCAAAGGCAAAGUGAAAGGUGGUGUAAAUAGCAACGAAAAGAUCUAACUUUUUUUCUGAUCUUUUCAUCGGCAGCAAAAUGUUGCAUUUUGAGAUACUGUGUUAGUCUUACCUUAAAAUCACACGCACAAAGCGAAAAUAAAAGAGCCUUACAAUAAAAGAGCCUGAA